AACAGCUGAUUGAUUAGACAUAAUUAAACCUUGCUGCAAUUUCUUUGAUAGUGCAAUACCAGAAAAAUGUCGCUAUUUCGAUUAUCUUUACGCAUUUUAAAUCAAAACAAAGGACUAACACGUUUGCCAGUGCUGGAUCAAACACGUUGCUUUAAGCGUUGGGUGGCGCCGACAUUACGUGAACUUCGUAGGCGACAAAAAAAGUUGGGACCCCAGCUGCCACAACCACGAUCCGGUUUUAUUGAAUGGAAUUAUCGCGCUGAGUUGUUUGCUUUCGGCAAACGACUACAUGAAGAAUUUGAUUUAGAAAUGCUGCAGGCAGCUUUCACACAGCCAUCGUAUGUGCAUAAAGAGCAAGUGCGGCAACGUGAUCUUGGUAUUGUCGAAACAGACGUAAGAAUUAAAGACAACUGUGAAUUGUCCGAACGAGGAGCAUAUUUAGCAAAUGAGUGUGUCCGUGCAUAUUUGAGCCAUUCGUUUCCAAAUGUUCCUGUGGUUGGUAUAAAUGCCUUCACAGAUUAUUUGCUAAGCACUGGAAUGUUAUCACAUAUAGCCACACAUCUAGGUAUGACUGAAUUGUUACUUGAUGAUAAUUAUCCGCCUGAACAAGAAUCCUUGGCUCGUUCAUUACUUGCUGUUAUCGGUACAAUCGAGCAAUGUAGUGGGCAAGAACAAGCAUUUCUUUUUAUACGAGAUUUUGUAUGUACACAAAUGAAUCAACGCGAUUUACUUGAAAUAUGGGGUAUUGAUGAUCCAGAACUUAUGUUGAAGCAAAUUUGUGAAGAAAGAAAUUUGGGUGAAAUAGAACCGCGUUUAAUCGGCGAUUGUGGGAAAAAUACUCUCCUUGCUGCAUAUCACGUGGGAUUAUAUGCAAAUAAAAAACUGAUUGGUCGUGGUUUUGGUGAAGAUGUGGCAACUGCUACAAAAGUGGCUUCCCUAAAUGCUCUGCAGGAAAUUUUUGGUAUACAAGAUAACAUGCGUCCCCUUAAUUUCCAAGCACACCUAAAGCCAGAAAUUCGUAAUGCUAUAGCAUAAAUAGGCUUAAAAUGAAGUUUAUUACCUAAUCCCUAUAGGUCUAAGUCUUUGGAAUAAAAUGCAAACAUCCGAGCUCAACAAACAAAA